CGAGUCCAGAAUGCAGAGCAAGAGGAAGAAUCGCCGUGUAUCAGAACACUGGUCUGCUCUGCAUACUGCCUUAGAAUCAUGGAGCAUAUCGGUGACUGAAACAUUACAAUCUUUAAGACUGAAACAGAGCCUGGAUUACUGGAAAACCUUUACCGGCAAUAUAAAGUGGGAGUGCAAGAGUUAGUUACAUUGGUCACUGAAGUAACUGGAGCCAAGAUGGCGGGAAGAGAGCGCAGUCCACGCCACAGGCCAUGGUCUGUGUACCGAGCCAACACAUUUGAUUUGUCCUCCGAGAUGAUGGGGUUGGCACUAACAGGAAACAGUCAGGAUCCUGAUGAGCCGGUGCUUGAGUUCAGUCUGGCAUGCAGUGAGUUGGUCACUCCAUCACUGGACCGUAAGCCCAGCAGCUUUGUAGCAGUGAGCUGCACCACCCCUCCACAGGCGUUUUGGACCAAACAUGCACAGACUGAAAUUAUAGCGGGCACUAGUAAUCCAAUCUUCUUGAGCAGCAUUGCCUUCUUCCAGGACUCUCUGAUUACCCAGCACACUCAAAUCAAACUGUCUGUCUACGAUGUGAAGGACCGCUCACAGGGGACUAUGUACCUGCUCGGUUCGGCUAUGUUUAUAGUGAAAGAGCUGCUUCAAGACAAACACCACAGGCUACACCUCACUCUGCGAUCAGCAGAGAGCGAGCGGAUGGGUAACAUUACCAUCAUCGCAUGGCAGAUAGAGGAGAGGAGAGAGCAGCGAGCUCCUCUGGCACGUUCAGACACAGUUAAUGGCAGGAUGGUAUUACCUGUUGAUGAAAGUCUGACCGAGUCCAUGGGAGUAAAAGCAAAAUCAGCAUCCCUAUGUAAAGACACUCUUUUAAAGGCAGUGUUUGGAGGCACUAUUUCACGGAUGUAUCGAUUUUCCACGACUGAUGGAAACCACCUGCGUGUCCUGGAGCAGAUGGCAGAGAGCGUGCUCUCCCUGCACAUACCAAGACAGUUCGUCAAACUACUGCUGGAAGAAGAUGCUGCCAGGGUGUGUGAGUUAGAAGAGUUGGGUGAGUUGUCCCCCUGCUGGGAGAAUCUGAGGAGACAAAUCAUCACUCAGUACCAGAUUAUCAUCCUCACCUAUCAGGAGACUCUCAGUAAUUUACAUGACUACAAGGGUCCAUCCUUCAAAUCUAGCACUCUGAAAGGAGAGAAAAAACUAGAGUUUAUACCUACAAACCUCCACGUUCAGAGGAUGAGAGUGCAGGGCGAGUCCGGCUACGAUCGCACAUAUGACGUGGUGACCACUGGGGCCCCUGCAGCACAUCAUCAGGGCUUUAAGGGCAGCGGAUUGAGGAAACUCAUUCAGAAAUUUGAGGAAGCCAAAAAGCAUUCAAGUGAGGGUGAAGGUGCCGGGGAAUCUGCUCCACUUUCUAUGCGGUACCAGCCACAGGAUGUGUUGAAAGCUAAAGAAAUCAUUUCCCAUAUCAACACUCUGAAGACGCAGGUCAGCUACUACACUGAGCGGCUGUCCCGCGCUGCCAAAGAACGCUCAACCAAUGCACUGGAGAGGACCCUCGCUAUCCUGACAGACAAGACGCGGCAGCUGGUGACAGUGUGUGACAGUAAGCUGCUAACUACAGCUAUCCAGGCACUGAGUGCUGCACGCCCAGAGUUCAUCGCCUCCAGGGGCUCUCCGUCCACCCAUGACACUGUGCGCGUGGUCCUGAGGAACGACCAGGGCUCUCCACAGGCCAAAUGGAGCGGGAAAGGGAACAGAGCAUCCAUGAACUUAAACUGGCAGGAGGAGGAGUGGGAAAAGAUCUGGCUCAAUGUGGAUAAGAGUCUGGAGUGUGUGAUCUGCUGUGUGGACAGGCUGCUGACGAGAGAGCGCUCGCAGAGCGACAGCAGUGAAGACGUCUUCCUGUCUGACCAGCAGGCUGACACCAGCAAGAGAGAUGGCAGUCCCAGUGUUGAAGGCUCCACUCCUGGUGAAUGGAGUGAAGCUCUGUAUCCUCUCCUGACCACUCUGAAUGAGUGUGUAGCAAUGAUGAGCGACAAAGCCAAGAAGUCCAUGGUGUUUCUACUGAUGCAAGACAGCGCUCCCACUAUCGCCAUGAGUUUGUCACUACAGUACCGCAGAGAUGUGGUUUUCUGUCAGACACUGACGGCCCUGAUCUGUGGGUUUGUGAUAAAACUGAGGAACUGUCUAAGUGACAGCGGCUUCCUCAGACAACUCCACACUAUCGGCUUACUGGUCCAGUUCGAGGGGCUCCUGAGCACCUACGGGGAGGAACUCGCCAUGUUGGAAGACAUGAGUGUAGGCGUCAUGGACCUCCGGAAUGUCACCUUUAAAGUGACCCAGGCGACCUCCAGCUUCAGCCCCGACAUGCUGCCUGUCAUCACGGGCAACAGAGAUGGGUUUAACGUGCGUGUUCCUUUAUCGGGGGUGAUGUUUGAUGUGUUACCACGGGAGAUCCAAAAUGGGAUGCUGCUGCGAGUUCAACCGGUAUUAUUCAAUGUAGGAAUCAAUGAGCAACAAACGCUAGCGGAAAAGUUUGGAGACACGUCGCUGCAGGAAGUAGUGAAUAUGGAGAGUCUAACUCGUCUUGCCUCCUAUUAUGACCAGUUUAAAGAAGUGCUGCCUGAAGACUGUCUGCCCCGCUCUCGCAGUCAGAACUGUGUACCUGAGCUACUCAAGUUCCUCAGUCAAAAUGUUAAUGCCAGGAAGAGCAAGAAUGUUGACAUCCUGUUGCAGGCAGCAGAGAUUUGUCGGCGUCUGAACGGUGUGCGUGUGACCAGCUGCAAGAGUGCAAAGGAUCGUACAGCCAUGUCGGUGACCCUGGAGCAAUGUCAAAUCCUCCAGCAAGAGCACUGCAUGGCCCCGCAGGUCUUCACACAGGCUUUGGACUGUAUGCGCAGCGAGGGCUGCAGGCGAGAAAACACCAUGAAAAACGUCGGCAGCCGCAAAUACGCUUUCAACUCCCUCCAGCUGAAGACUUUCCCUAAACAGUACCGACCACCAGAGGGAACCUUCGGGAAAGUGGAAACUUGA